UAAGGAUUGUAGUUAGAAGUGUUGCAGAAAUGAUAAAGACCUAUGGAGGGACAGUCCCUUCCAAUGUAAAUAUUACCCUGAAGAAUCAGUUCAGUUGUAAACAGUCAGUGUUUUGAUACACUAUUACUUUUAUUAUUUUUUCUUAGUCUUCUAUCUUCUGAACGUUUACAAUUUCCAUUAGUUUACAGGCAGUAAAUAUAUUUUCUAACGUAAUCAAUUUUAGUGAAAUAUAACCUCAAAUAGUAAAACGAUGGAUGUAAAGUAACACAGGGCGAGUCCGUCGGGGACGUAAGCGAUCCAAGAUGGCGGAUACAGGUCACAAAAAUUAUCAAUUGUUUCCAUUGUUAACAUGUUGUUUCUGAACUUGAUAUGCACGUUAUGGAAAGUGAGAUGUGCUGAAUAAAGACAUUAAAUAACCAGGCAGUUCAAGUUUCUUCCCUAUUAGCAUAAUUUGUUAAGUACUACGAGGGUUAGGUAAAUCUUAACCCUAACCCUAAGAAUAGUAUAAUUACAUAAACAUGUUAUUACAGUAAUGCUAAAAUAAAACAACGCAAAGAAAGUGAGAAACUUUACCUUUCUCUGAAAUCGUUGCUUGAACUUAUUAAUAAUUAUACAGUCAAGUUAAAAACAAUAAACAGUUGUAAACUGUUUUUAAUCUACAUCCAAAUCCAAAUAUCAAUUGACAUCAUUUUCUGAAAAUAAACUGUAUUUACCGUGCUGUUACCUUUCGGUAUCGCGAAUUUAUAUCCAAUUUCUGAAAACUUUUAUACCGUACUUUUCAAGUUUUCUUUCAGUCUUCAUCGCUAUCAAUAUGCAUACGUGCUAGUAUGUAAAUGUACAAGUGGGCUUAAUACUUAACUAUUCAACACAAUGAUAGUUUAUCAGCUUUGUUUACAUUGUGGAUCGAUUUAAGGAAGGAUAUGGGUGGUUUCAAUUUACUAAUAUAUUUCGCACUGUGUUUGAACUUGUACCAAAGGAAGUAUAAUAAACAUUUGUUAUUGAUCCUAGGUUAGAGCAAGCCCAUUUAUUGUGAUUUUCAAAUUCAGUUUACGGAGAUAAGACAAACUAAAAUAAUGGAGUACGUUCGUUAAGCAUUGAAAUAAGUGUUUGACUGUGGUAAGCAGCUUAAUCUUCCGCACUGAGUUUUUUACGUAUUUUCCUGAAGAAAAGGAAAUAAUUUUCUUAGAGGAAAAAAAAACAAAUUUUCUGCAGGUCAGAGGCUCAAAAAAAAUUGAGCACAGAGAUUUUCAAAGUACUGUAGUUAAUUACAUGGUGGAGUGCGAUAAAGAAGAGGGUGUAUAUUGACCGACUUCAACUAACGACAAUGCCUAAAAUUGAGUACGAAAAGCUCUUGGACAGUAGGAAUCCGGAGAGAGGAUAUGCUUCACAUUUGGCAAAAUUAUACGUAGAGGGGAGCGAUAUUGAAGAAAUCACAAUAACUAAGAAACAUGAACAUUCCGAAAAUGGUGAACCACCUGAAAAGAAAGCAAAUGAUAAGAAAUCACAGAGUAAAACCUACCGAGAAAAAAUACCAUUUACUUUCAAAGACUCCGUGGGUGGGCUCGUCCUACAUGUGAAGAGAAUUCUUCGAAAAAUUUCUGAAAAAAGGGGGCCCGUUGAAAAGUUUGUUAUUGGUAAAACACACGCCAGAAAACUGAAAAAAGUACCGUUUGAUCCGUUUAAAUUUAACACUUGGCGACUUGCCGAUGGCGUUAACGGACGAUGGAGGAAUUUCUACGAAAAGGAAGGAUAUGACGGUUUGAUUGUUCUCUGUGCAAUAACAAAGGAUCUCCUUCCAAGGCAAGACCCAGAUAACAAGCCUCCAUUGCCGUCUGCAUCUGCGUCUCUCCAGGAAGCAGACGACAGCGAAGAGGAAGUUGAAUGCGAGCUCUACCACCAGCAGCACUAUAUUCUCGCCCUUGAACAGCAGCUCAUCCAUUACUUCGCCUAUGUGGAGCAGGAUCCACGCCUGGGAAAUCUGUCCGUGUCCACCGGAAGUAUGGAGCGACAAAACGCCAUCGCUGGUGUCCUCUAUGUCGCAUUCAAACUGAAAAAAAUGCAAGAAGAAUAAAACAAGGAGGGUUGACUAUAUGUUGGUACACCAAGGAUGCAAGAAGUGCAAUAAUGAAACAUACUUUUAUCAUAAUUCAAGUGUUUUGAAAGUAUUAUAUCAGUUUCUUUAAAAUAAUAAUAGCGGCUAAAGAAUGUUUGGACAUUAAUACCGAUUUACUUUGUCAACGUUUUGUUUUGAAAGUGUCAUCAUUAAACCCGCUUAUAUGGAGCACAGAAGAAUUACUAAAAGCGUCUUUGGGUUAUUUUCAGAGAACAAAAACAGAACAGUACACUAACUCUAACGUUUCAUAUUCAAAGUUCUUUUAAAAUAGCAUUUGUUCUUCAUGUGCAAACUGACAAACGUAAAGUCGUAUGUAUUUUACAUCGGAGCAUUACUUUUAUGGACGAAGCACGGACAUCAAUCCCUAUCAUGAGUGUAAAAUAUUCAGAAUAAAACCAACAGCAAUGUAUUGAUAUUAGACCGAAUUGUAACUAGCAAACGACAUGUUAUCCGAAAUAAAUCUAAUUCGAACUAUA